UUUUCAUGUUCUAAGUGUUAUACCAGAGCAAUGACGUCAUGCACAUACCCAAAAUAAUAGCUUUCGUCACAGCUCAGCGAUCAGCUUUUCAAUCCCAACCAGAGAAAUUUACAAACGAAUUGAAUAUAUCCUAUCAGCAAAAUGAGUUGGAUGGACUCCUGGUCACGUCCCUCAAAACACGCCAUCACGCCUCCGCCACUCUACCUCACUGCGGCAGGCGACGAUGUACCUUAUUGUCACAGCUGCGGGCGCUUGAUAGGCUCUCGCAGAACUCAAUCAUCCCAAAAAGUCAAAUACUGCUCCUCUCGCUGCCGGAACAGCAAACCAGGUCCCCUAGACCGCAAAAUCGAGGCUACAUUCUCCUCUCUUCUGAACGGCCAAAUACCCUCAAACAUCGAACAAACUCCGGAGACACAAGCUGUGAUAGAAGAAAUCAAGGAGAAGCAGAAGAAGAGGAAAAAGGUUAAGGGGGAUUCGAGAGUCAUUGUGGAAUGCAGCGAUGUCGAGCAUUUGAUUUUUCAUCAUCCGAACGAUCCGGAGAAGGUGUUUGGGAGGAAGAGGAAUAGAGCGGCUAGGGGAGUGAAGGGCAUGGAAGAGGAGUUGGAGAUUGUGGAUACGGUAGAUGAGGGGUCGGCUGCACCGAAGGCGCCUUCGCUCACGGAUGGGGAGAGCCUGGAUUUGACGGUCAGUGAUGUUAGUGAUGCGAGCGAGGAUGGAGCGACCGAUGGUGGUGUACUGCUUGAUUCAGCGGAGGGGUACGGUGGAGGAAAGAUUCGACCGCCGCAGGAUAAGUCGGAUGUUAAUGGGAGUAUUGGCGGGGAGAAGGGAUGGGCUGAGCGGAUGCAGGAGACGGAGGAUAUGAAGGCCAAGAGGAGGGAGGGGCAGAGGAGAGCGGAGGAGAGGGAGAUGGUGAGGAGAGCAGCGAGAAGAGGAUGUGCGUUCGGUUUCGUCGUGGAGGGAGAAAAGGCUUCCGAGGGGAAGGGGUCAAAGAAAGAGAGCCAGGAAGCGUGGGAGCAGAGGAGGAAAUGCGAGGCGGUUAUGAAAGGGGCGGCUGUUGAGGCGAGCUAUGCAAAAGGGAAUUGGGGAAUCAGGUGGAGGGAGAAGGUUUGAUGAAGAGAGAACUGCGAUGCUACGGCUCUAUUUCCACGAAUUGCAUCCAUAUUUGCAUGACUUCUGGGGAUACGGGUAUAUGUUGGCGUAUUUUUCAUGAAUCGCAAACUCGAGGAAGGCGGCAAUGUUGACGAUGCUGAGAAACCCGCUGAAGAAGGCACGCCCACAAGAGAUGAAGCAACUUCAACCUGGUGAUGUACUAUAGCAGAUAAGCCAGAGCGAAUACACAGUUUGCCGAGGUAUGAUUUCAUAGGAUGUGAAGAUAGAACUUGCGCCAC